AUGCAUCGUGGUCAUCCAGGAAUACAGUAUACUAAAGCCAUUGGGCGCAACUACGUGUAUUGGUCGAACAUCGACGCUGACAUUGAAAAUAUGGUCAAAACCUGUCCGAACUGCAUCGCAGCGGCCAAAAUGCCAACGAAGACGAGUUUACAUCCCUGGCCAAAGCCUUCCGGACCAUGGGAGCGACUUCAUAUUGAUUAUGCUGGUCCAAUUGAUUCGUAUUAUUAUCUUGUAGUUAUCGACGCGUUUUCAAAAUGCCCAGAAGUAAUUCGAACAAAAUCGAUUACAACAGCGCUAACGAUUUUUAGUUUGAAUGAAAUUUUUGCUAGAUUUGGAUUGCCGAAAAAAAUAGUAUCUGAUAAUGGCACUCAAUUUACCAGUCACCAAUUCCAGCAAUUUGUAGCAGAGCACGGCAUUCAACACAUUCGCAGCAGUCCUUACCAUCCCAUGUCCAACGGUCAAGCUGAGAGGUUUGUGGAUACUUUCAAACGGGCACUAAAAAAGUUGAACGGGGAGGGGGUAUCUGCACAAAAUCUUAUAGUACUUUUACAAGUUUACAGAUCCACACCAAAUAAGCAGAACGAAGAAAAGAAAUCACCGGCCGAAGUGUUACUCGGAAGACAGAUACGACUAAAACUCGAUUUGCUUAAGUAA